AUGACAGAGAUUCCUCGUACGUAUCUAAAAAUAUGGCUCUCAGACAUCAUUAAGGAGAUUAAGCUUAUUAAGACAGAGCUGACAGAACUUGGGAAAAUGAAGGAGGAGAAAACUGCUUCCCCUGCUGCCGGCAAAUAUCAAUUGGUGGGUUUUAAGGAUGUGAGGGAAACCAUAAAAGGUCGACUACUUGGAGGAUCACGAAAUCUAGAUGUUAUCCUGAUUAUUGGUAUGCCUGGAAUUGUUAAGACGGCCUUGGCCCAAAGUUUUAAAGAUGAUAAAGCAAUUGUCUCCCAUUUUAGUUUUUUGGAGAGUGUCGUGUUUCUCAGACACCAGAUAGUUUCUAGUAACGCUAAAUGCUUUACUGAUCCAUAUCAUCUGCGUAUGCUAACUGGAGAAGAAAGUUGGUCAUUAUUACAAAGGAAGGCAUUCGGGGAAGAAAUCUGUCCAGACAAGCUAAAGGAAGUUGGGAAAGAGAUUGCAAAAAAGUGUAAAGGGUUACCUCUUUCCAUUGUUCUAGUUGGGGGUCUUCUCGCACGGAUGGAGAAGAAAGAACAGUGCUGGAAGCAAAUGGAAUUGAGCUUAGGUGCAAAAGUCGAGGAUGAAUCAAAGGAUUUAGUACAAGUAAGUUACAAAAAUCUACCUCAUAAGAUGAAACCAUGCUUUUUAUAUUUUGGAGCAUUUUUAGAGAACAGGGAGAUUUCGGUCUCAAAGUUCACAAACUUAUGGAUCGCCGAGGGACUCAUAGAAAAUGAUAAGGAGAAGUCUCUGGAAGAUAUUGCAGAAGAGUACUUGGAGGAUCUUGUUGGAAGAAACCUUGUUAUUGUUACUAAGAGUAUAUACAACGGGAAGCUCAAAGAUGCCUUGUACACGACAUAG